UGGUGUUUGUGUGUUGCUCUCCAGACACGUUCAGGCAGCUGAUGGUUCACUUCCGGCGGGCAAGCCUUCCUCAGGAGGAGUUUGUUUUCUUCUACAUCGACAUGUUUGGACGCAGCCUGGACUCCCAGAAUGCUCAACCCUGGGCCAGAGGGGACCAAGAUGACCUUGUCGCCAAGGAGGCCUUCCAGAGUGUGAAGAUCCUGACGUAUAGAGAACCACAGAACCCUGAAUAUAAAGACUUUGUGAGGGACCUGAAGACAGAUGCCAAGAGAAUGUUCAACUUUACGGUGGAAGACUCACUGAUGAACAUCAUCUCCGGAGGGUUCUACGACGGGCUGAUGCUGUACACCCAUGCCCUGAACGAGACCAUGACCUCGCCAGAGGACAGACCUGUGGGGAAGACCGUAACCAGGAGGAUGUGGAACCGCACCUACAAUGGUGUAACAGGCCUGGUGCAGAUAGAUGAGAAUGGGGACAGAGAGACAGACUUCGCUCUCUGGGACAUGACUGACACCAACACCAGUGUUUUCCAGAUUGUGUUGGUGUACAACGGCUCUCAGAAGAAGCUGAAGGCCUUGCCUGGGAUGGACAUCCAGUGGCCAGGGGGCGCUGCUCCUUUAGAUGUGCCCGUCUGUGGCUUCAAGAAUGACAACCCAGCCUGCCUCGCACGAACCAUCACAAUCCACCAGAUGGUCACAAUUGUGGUGUUCUUCAUCAUUAUCAUCAUCCUCACCAUUACUGUCUUCAUAUACAGGAAGCUGAAGCUUGAGAAUGAGUUGGUGGCUCAGCUGUGGAGGGUCUCCUGGGAGGAUAUUCAGAUGAGCAACAUGGAGAAAGUGCUGCGAAGCGCAGGCAGCAAGCUCACUCUGUCCCUGAGGGGCUCCAACUACGGCUCCCUAUUAACAGGAGAUGGAAACUUUCAGGUGUUUGCCAAGACAGGCUACUACAAGGCGAACAUUGUGGCCAUCAAGUACAUCAACAGGAAACGCAUUGAGCUCACCAGAAACGUGCUGUUUGAACUGAAACAUAUGCGUGAUAUUCAGAAUGAGCACCUGACCCGCUUCAUCGGAGCCUGUAUUGACCCCCCCAACAUCUGCAUCAUCACAGAGUACUGCCCUCGGGGUAGCCUGCAGGACAUCAUGGAAAACGAGAGCAUCACACUGGAUUGGAUGUUCAGAUACUCUUUAAUCAACGACAUUGUCAAGGGCAUGGCUUUCCUCCACAACAGUGUCAUCGUCUCCCACGGCAACCUGAAGUCGUCCAACUGCGUGGUGGAUAACCGCUUUGUGCUGAAGAUCACCGACUACGGCCUGUCCAGCUUCCGCACCGAGAGCAACAAAGACGACGCCCAUGCCUACUAUGCCCGGAAGCUGUGGAUGGCCCCAGAGCUUCUGAGGUUGGAGAGUCCCCCUCCAUGUGGCACCCAGAAGGGGGAUGUCUAUAGCUUUGGCAUCAUUCUCCAGGAGGUGGCGCUACGCCACGGAGCGUUCUAUCUGGAGGGGGAGCCCCUCAGCCCCAAAG